GAACUCGUGGAAAGUCAGAAGGAAGAAAAGGAAGGAUUAUCUGCCUAUCUUGAACCAGUAGAUGAAGGGACUGUCAACAAUGGAGGAGACAGAGGUCAAGGCUCUGAUGAUGGGUCAGAGGGAAGCUCUCAGAGUUGGGAGAAGAAGCAAGAACAACUCAAGACCCUGGAAGGAGAAUUUGCCAUCACAAUGUGGGCCACAGAUGAGGAAAACAAGAUGAUGACUGAGACAGUGAUAGAAAACCAGGAGCUCCCAGAAGAACCUGUAAUUUUGAAGAAGCCUGGGAAGCGGACCAGAAAGAAGCUCCCUCCUGGAGGAAUGACCGAGGUCAAUCUCUCUGAUCCCAAACAGCUGGCUGAAUUUAUCCAUCAAAAGAAACCACCUAAAGAUGUUGAUAAAAAGCUGCCUUGCCCUAAUGAAAAAUGUAUGAAGCUGUUCAGAGAUAAUUCUGCCCUGCGGAAACAUAUGCAUACCCACGGUCCCAAGGGUCAUGUCUGCCCAGAAUGUGGAAAGGCCUUCGUUGAGAGUUCCAAGCUAAAGCGACACAAAUUAGUCCAUACUGGAGAGAAGCCCUUUCAGUGCAUGUUCAAAGGUUGUGAGAAGCGUUUUUCACUGGACUUCAACUUACGUACCCACAUGCGGAUCCAUACUGGCGAUCGUCCCUAUGUGUGCCCCUUUGCUGGCUGUACCAAGAUGUUUGCCCAGUCAACCAACCUGAAAUCUCAUGUCCUGACCCAUGGGAAGACAAGAUCCAAGAAGUAAAAAGAAAAAGGAAGAAGG